CUAAUGUGGAAGUCCCAACUGCCCAAUCCUCACACUCUUCAGUCUGGAAUUCGUAUCUUAAACCCUCUCCUCUCCAUAAAGCAGAGCAGAGGGGAAAAACAAACCUAAAAGCAAAGGUCCGAUCCCCUGUCUCCCUUUUAGCGUUCUCUCUCUUUCUCUGUCUCUCUCUCUCUGUGUAUGCGAGUAAAUGAAAUGUUUAGUUAACAUGUCAACUUCCAAUCGGUCAGGUCGCUUUCUGGGUUUGUGAAUGUAUAGGGUUCAAUAAAUAUAAAAAAUCAAUGUUUCGGGCUUUUAGUUUGUUGAUUGGCUUAUUUCUUUAUAUUUUUAAUCAAAAUGCAAUCUUUAGCUGUUGCAAUCUCUAGUUGGUAGUAUAUUUGCUAUGUAACUGGUUUAACUGGAUUGAGCUUCUAUCCGUCUUAUUAUUAUUACUAUUAUUAUAUUAUUAUUGAGAUACAAUUCUUGGGGUUUAAUGAUGUGGUGGGAUUUCAAUCUCAUGAAAUUAUUUGAAGUGUUUUAUAGGUUUUGGGUUUCCAAAAGCUUCAUAUUACAUUGUAGGUUUUGUUAGUUAUUGAAAAGUUUUCUGCUUUAAUGCUUAAUCUAUUAAUUUAUUAUAGUAUUACACAUAUGCGGCACGGAAUCUUUGUUUGAUGAUGAAACCACUAAUGAAGCAACGCAGUAGAAAUUUAAGGAUUUUAUUUUCCAGUGAACAGAAUCAUAUGAGAGCAUGAUUGGUAUAUGGGAAUGGACCAUGAAUGGAAUGAUCAUUCCUUAUGUGAUUCUUAUUCCUAUACUUGGUAUGUUUUGUUGCCAAGGAAUGACCAUUACCAUGGAAUCACUAUUCCCAUGAUUAUGGGAUUAUUCAUUCCUCCCAUAACCCAUGGUUUUAGCCAUUCCAAUUCCAUUGGGAAUGAAUAUAUUAAUUUCCUUUUAACAAAAAUAUCCAAAAUUACUACGCAUCUGAAAAAGAACCCUUCAUCUUAUUUGUUCAUUCAUCUUUUCAUCUUCUCAAACUCAAAAACCACGCAUCUGAAAAAGAAAAAAUUCACACCACCGGCCUUCAUCACGACCCCAGCAGCUACUUGGGAUUCAAGCUGACUAAACUUUCCAAAUUCCUGCUCUUGCUUCUCAAUUGGAUUAAAGGAAUUUAGAAAUCCCGCACUAAACAUCCUUUGUGGGUUUUAACUUUUAAGAGAUAAGAGUGACAAAAAUGCAGAAUGAUACUUCUUCCGGUGGUACAUCAGCACCUAAUGGGCUCACUGCCCGUUUACGCCGACGUAAAGGUUCGAAUGAGGUCCCCCCUGAAGUUGAUAGAGGUAAUGCAAACCAUUUGCUCGUUAAUGACGGAAACAAAUACAGGUCGAUGUUAAUACGUACAUACUCGACUGUCUGGAUGAUUGGAGGGUUUGUCCUGAUAAUUUACAUGGGUCACCUCUAUAUAUGGGCCAUGGUUGUUGUCAUUCAGAUUUUUAUGGCUAAAGAGCUUUUCAGUUUGCUUAGGAAAGCGCAUGAGGACAGCCAUCUCCCAGGUUUUAGGCUCUUAAAUUGGCACUUUUUCUUCACGGCAAUGCUAUUUGUGUAUGGCCGUAUUCUGAGUCAGAGACUUGUGAAUACUGUUACUACAGACAAAUUCUUAUAUAAGCUUGUUGGCAAAUUAAUCAAGUAUCACAUGGUUACAUGUUACUUUUUGUACAUCGCAGGUUUUAUGUGGUUCAUACUUGCUCUGAAGAAGAAGAUGUAUAAGUAUCAGUUUGGCCAGUAUGCGUGGACGCAUAUGAUAUUGAUUGUGGUGUUCACACAGUCUUCUUUCACGGUGGCAAAUAUUUUCGAAGGAAUAUUCUGGUUCCUUCUUCCAGCAUCUCUUAUUGUCAUCAACGACAUUGCUGCUUACAUUUUCGGGUUUUUCUUUGGGAAAACACCUUUGAUCAAGCUCUCACCAAAGAAAACAUGGGAGGGUUUCAUUGGAGCCUCUGUUACUACCAUGAUCUCUGCCUUCAUUCUGGCAAAUAUAUUGGGUAGGUUCCAGUGGUUAACGUGUCCAAGGAAGGAUUUAUCCACUGGUUGGCUACAGUGUGAUCCUGGGCCAUUGUUUAAGCCUGAAUAUUUUGGUGUGCCAGAUUGGUUUCCUGUUUGGUUUCCUUGGAGACAGAUUUCUAUCUUGCCCGUGCAGUGGCAUGCAUUAUGUCUGGGCCUCUUUGCAUCGAUUAUCGCACCUUUCGGUGGCUUUUUCGCCAGUGGCUUUAAAAGGGCAUUCAAGAUCAAGGAUUUUGGAGAUAGCAUUCCUGGACAUGGAGGGAUCACUGACAGAAUGGAUUGCCAGAUGGUGAUGGCUGUGUUUGCGUAUAUUUACCAUCAGUCAUUCGUUGUAGCGCAAAGCUUGUCAAUUGAGAUGAUUAUGGAGCAGAUACUGAUAAACCUCCCGUUUGAGGAGCAGAGAGCUGUGUACACAAAACUUGGACAGAUAAUCAUGGAAAGGCAGUUUGGGGAAUCCUGAAUUCAGAGAACAUGGCAUGUUUUAUUUAAACCUAGCUUAACGCUUCUUGUAGUUUAUUUUUCUUUGAAAUCUAGUCUUGUACAUGAUUAUUUUUGGGCCUCCAUUUUAUACUCGUAAUGAGAAGGUCCCUGCAGAAAACCAGCGCCUUUUAUGUUGUACAGUGAUUUUGCCUUAAUGUGUGUGUGUUUAGAUACAAGUGCCAAAGUUUGGUUGUUUUUUUUUUUUUUUUU